AUGACCUCCAUCGUCUCUGCUCGGGUUAUUCACCGCCGUGAUGAUACAACAUUCAACUGGACCACACUUACACCCUCAACGUCUUUGAAAUGGACGAGCUGCUACGAUAACUACUACUGUAGCAGGCUCUCGGUGCCCUUACGCUACUCUGAUCCCUCCGGGAAGCAAGCAGCCGUAGCAUUGGUUAAGCUGCCAUCUAGCUUGUCCCCCAACGAUAAAGGCUACAAGGGACCUGUCCUAAUCAACCCUGGUCUGCGGCCCUGGAGCAUCUGGUGUCGACUUGGUCCUCAAAUUUGGAAUAAUAUUAGUGAGGGCGUUGUCGGUACGCAGUUUGACGUCAUAGGCUUCGAUCCUCGAGGAGUUGGUUAUACGACUCCGCCUAUAUCUUUCUUCGAGGAUUCCGUCGAAGCUGGAACGUUUCUCAUUCAGCAAGUUCAGGAUCUGAAUGCGAGCGUGACGUCGAUUGGCAGGGUGUAUGUACAGACUACGAAUCUUAACAAGCUUGCGCUUGAGCGUGCCAAAGUGGUGGCACAGACAGUGACAACCCCGACGGUUGCACGGGAUAUGCUCAGCAUCAUGAAGGCUGCUGGACAGGAAAAGCUCCAAUAUAUUGGAUAUUCCUAUGGGACUGUUCUUGGAGCGACAUUCGCGGCGAUGUUCCCAGAUAAAGUUGGACGUAUUGCCCUGGACGGUGUUGUAAAUUCUUGGGAUUAUUACAAAGGGAAUGCCACGAGCUGGCUUCUUGACGCAGACAAGUGUUUCACUAGUAUUCUUGACGCAUGUGUGCAGGCGGGCCCAAAGUUAUGUCCCCUUUACGAAAAGUGUACCAAUCUCGUCCUCGCUCGAGUCAAUCGCAUUGUGGACAAACUGAGAAUGACACCCGUUCCCGUCUUCAACCAAACCGCAUUCGACUCCGGUCUCGUUGAUUCUGCAACAGUCCAAAAGCAGAUCUUUCAAGCUCUUUACUCGCCGUACAAUGAGGGUGCGGCUCUGGUGGCUGCACUUGCUGCUCUUGAGCAAGGCAAUGGAAGUGCCAUCUAUCAGGGAUCGUUUCAAGACCAAACUCAGCAGUUACUGGAAGAAGAUACACCACCGCAGACUAACGGGACUUCUGCGUCCGGAAGUGAGACAUUUCGGGCGAUUUUUUGUGGUGACAAAGUCUCGGAUGAUCCUGGGACUGUUGAUGACCUGAGGGAGGCAUAUCGUGAAACAUUAGCAGUUACACCCUUUUUCGCUGGGAUUGCAGCCGCUGAAGAUACCUGCCCGGGCUGGUCAAUUCGAGGAGAUGAUCGUUUUAAAGUCAUCCCAUAUUAUUUGUCGGAAACUUCGCUGACCCGGUUACGCCCCUGGCAAGGCAACGCUUUUCUGAUGUCAGAAAGUUUUAAAGGUUCUGUAGUGCUCACGCAAAACUCGUCUGGACAUACAUCCCCAGCUGCAAAGUCGAAAUGCACCAGCAAGAUUUUGCGUGCAUAUUUCGCAAACGGUACACUACCCGAGAAAGGAACGGUGUGCCAGAUCGAGAGCUCCAUUUUUGGAGAGUCCCAUUCAUCAUAG